AACUCGUGUUCGCGGUAAAAAAGCGAAUUAUCUAUCUUUUUUGACCUUUUUUCGUGAAUUUCAUUAUAAAAUAAAAGUGAUAACAGCAAAUUAGCAUCAUUUGCAACCCACGACGUCGUUCCCGUUGGAAAAGUAGGCCGGGAAAGUCCGCGAUUUGGGAGUCACGGAAAGAAAACCUGCGGAAACCGGCAACAUUUAAAGUUCGCAACUCUGGAAGAAUCCGGUUGCCUUAACGAUCUAUUUCUGCUUCCAGCCUGGAGCUCACGGCAAGGUCUUGCAAUUAAGAUUACGGAUAGUCUUUUAUAGCUACCGAGCUACAGGAACAAACAGAUUCCACCUAAUCUAUCUACCUCACAAAUCCGGGGAAAAUCCGGUCCGGUCAUGCUUAGAAAUUACCCAAGAAAGCAAGAGUGAGACACAGAGAAUUGGGACACGUGGCCUUAGAAGCCGUACUGGGAUAAAUCCUGAUCCUCCAACCUCGAGCCUCAAUAGAAUUCUAGGGUCGCAGGCUCAUAAUUUAACCCUCAAUGCAUACGUACACAUUUACAGAUCUAUAACGUAUCCCUAUCGGCCAAAGGAAGGUUUUGUACGCUGCUGCUAAUUCCGUUCCGAGUGAAAUCGCUGUAAAAAGGUGGGGAAUUCGAGAAAAUGGGAAAACCGAAGCACUUAACGAACAAGCAGAAUCCGUUUGCGAAGAAAAAGCGCAACAACAAGGCAAAGUCCGCGGAGCAGCCGGAACCGGCAAGAAGGGAAAAGCCGUACGAAAGUAUCGUGCCGGAAAACGAAUCGUUCGAAGCGUAUUACAAACACCAGCAGGUUUGCGAUGAAUCCGAGUGGCCACUGUUCAUGGAGCACUUGCGGAGCUCGCUUCCGGUUACAUUCCGCAUUACGGGAUCCAAGGCGCAGGCCAAGCUGCUGCUGAAAAUCACCAAGGAAAGUUUCUUCGCCGAGUACGACCGGGCGGUGCGUGAAUUACGCAAGGACGAGGAAGGGGGCCAUGUGGAGCCGCCGCGUUCGCUCGAGUGGUACCCGAACGAGUUGGCUUGGCAGCUGGAACUGUCCCGGAAAGACAUUCGCCGCUCGGAGCCGCUCUUCCGAUUGCACAACUUUCUUAUCUCGGAAACCAACUCGGGUAACAUCAGCCGCCAAGAAGCGGUAUCGAUGAUUCCGCCGCUUGUUCUGGAUGUACAGCCGCACCACAAGGUACUGGAUAUGUGUGCCGCUCCGGGAUCGAAGACGGCGCAGCUGAUCGAGUCACUGCAUGGUAGCGAUGGAGCGAAGAUCCCGUCCGGAUUUGUGAUCGCGAAUGAUGUGGACAACAAUCGUUGCUACAUGCUAGUGCAUCAGGCAAAGCGACUCAGUUCACCUUGCUUCAUGGUAACCAAUGCCGACAGCUCAACGUUUCCAGUGCUGCAGAUUUCGCAGCCGGACGGUACUAUAGCACCGUUGAAGUAUGAUCGAAUCUUGUGUGACGUUCCAUGUUCUGGCGAUGGCACGAUGCGCAAAAAUCCAGACAUCUGGACCAAAUGGAGUCUCAAUCAAGCGAACAAUCUGCACGGUCUGCAGCACCGCAUCUUGAAACGGGGAGCGGAACUGUUGGCCGUCGGUGGAAAACUCGUCUACUCGACCUGCUCCCUCAAUCCGAUCGAAAACGAAGCGGUCCUGCAUCGUUUGCUGAAGCAGAGCGAAGGUGCCUUAGAGCUGAGCGAGUGUGCCAAUCUUUUGCCAUCACUCAAGUACCGUAAAGGCAUGACAUAUUGGGAGCCGGCGACGAAGGAUUUGAAGUAUUACAAAACGUUUGCCGAUGUACCAGAGAAUCAGCGCACGGUGGUACGGCCGGAUAUGUUUCCACCAUCGGCGGAGGAGGCGAUCGAAAAGUAUCACCUUGAUCGUGCCUUGCGGAUUUUGCCGCACCAUCAAAACACUGGUGGGUUCUUUAUUGCACUGCUGGAAAAAAAGAAAUCCCUGCCAUGGGAAGCCGCAGCGGCCGAGGAAGCUGCUAGAGAGGAGGAGAAACGCAAGGAACAAACGGCCGCUAGCUCAGGUCCACCGUCGAAGAAGGCCCGUUACAUGCGCGGUUUCAAGGAAGAUCCGUUCGUAUUCUUCGAACAGAACGAAGAAGUUUUCGAUUCGAUCAAACGGUUCUACCAACUUGACGAAGCAUUUGAUGCAAAAAACUUUCUCACUCGUUGUCGUGUUGGGAAGAAGAAAAACAUUUACUUCUGUUCGCCGGCGGUCCGCGAUGUGGUGCAGUUGAACGAAAAGCGCAUCAAAUUCAUCAAUCUGGGCGUCAAGUCUUUCGUACGGUGUGACAACAGAAAUAUGCAAUGUGAGUUUCGUCUCGCUUCGGAGGGACUGGCCAGUGUGAACGGGUUUAUCGGUAAACAGCGCCGUGUGACGGUGGAUCCCGAGGAUCUGAUCAAACUGCUGUCUUGCACGGACCCCACGAAACCCCCGGAGAUCAGUUCAUUAACGGAAGGAACACAGGAAAAUCUGAAGAAUUUUGACUCUGGUUGCUGCAUACUAGAGUGUCAGUUAGGAGACCUACCGAUGGCAACGGUCGGCUGGAAGGGUACGCUAAGCUUGCGUGCGUACGUAGACCAGCACGACACGGUGCACUUGCUGCGUCUGCUUGGAGGAGAUCUUUCUAAAUUUGAAAAAAACAAAUUCCAAGAUAAACUGUUGGCCGAAGAAGCGGCAGACGAUCCGGAGGAGAAUGGCGCUACGGUAGAGCGGAAGGAAGAAGCCGAUACGGAAGAAAAAAUAAGGUACCCGACGGAUCCCGACAACCGCAAUACCGGCUGCUGUUACCGCAAUACCAAAUCAGUUCACGGAAAGCCUCGCAACCGUUCAGAAAGCCUUGAUCUAUUCUCUUCCCAAUACGACACUAUGAUUACCCGCGGUCUGUUUGCAUCUCGGCACACCAUUGUGCCAUUCCGGGUGGCCCAAAGCGUAGCGCGGUGUACAAGUGUGUCGAUGAGUGACCGGUUGGUGCACGUGCAACGGCGAUACGCUAGCCAGGAACGAAACGUGGUGAAAUCCCCGUUCGGCAAGGUGGACAUUCCGCGCCAAAACGUGACCGAGUACAUUUUCGAAGGAUACGAAAAAUAUGCCGACAAACCGGCCAUAACAUGUGGUGCCAGCAAACGAUCCUACACUUAUGGAAUGACCUAUGAGAUGAUCAAACGGAUGGCUUGCGGGUUGCUAUCACAGAAAGGAUGUGCAAUGCGUAAAACGGAUGUGCUCGGUUUGUUGUUACCCAAUAUCCCCGAGUUCGUGCCGGCCCUGCACGGUGGAUUAUUGGCUGGUUUGACCGUUACUUUCGCCAAUCCGCUCUACACUCCAGAGGAAGUAUGUCGUCAAUUUGAAAAUGCCGGCGUCACGGUUAUUGUAACGUUGCCACUGCUCCUGCCUGUGGCCGAGCUGUUUAAGGCGAAAGUGAAGCAGUAUAAAGGGACAAUCUGUAUCGGUGGAAAGCAUGAUUUCGAAAAGAACAUUUAUGGCUUUGAGCAAUUCCUUAUGGAGAAUCAUAGCAGCGAGUUGCCAGAAAUUGACUGUGAUGCGACGGCCAUCCUACCGUACUCAUCCGGUACGACUGGCUUGCCGAAGGGCGUCGAGCUGACGCACUACAAUCUUGUGGCCAAUCUGGCGCAAGGAUCACAUCCUCAAAUCUCCAAAUAUUACCAACCAGAGUACGCAAAUCGAAAAGAGACCAUCCUUACGAUCCCUCCUUAUUUCCACAUCUACGGUCUGAACGGGAUCCUGCAUUCCGUCCUCAAGUCCAAAAACCACGUUAUCUCCAUUCCCAGGUUCAUUCCCGAAGAUUACAUUCAAUGUCUGGCCGAAUUCCGACCACAGUUCCUGUUCGUGGUACCAUCGCUAUUGCUCUUCCUGGCAACGCACCCUAAAAUAACGGCGGACCACCUAGCUAGCGUUGAAUCAGUACUGGUUGGAGCGGCACCGGCAUCACUGCAAUUGCAAGAAAAAUUCCGCCAGAAGGUGGGCCGCGAUAUCGAUAUUGCACAGGGCUACGGUAUGACCGAGAGCUCACCGGUGACACUCUGUACGCCGUUCCGGUACGAUCAAACGAAGGUCGGUACCUGCGGCCAGCUGUAUCCUAACACGGAAGCAAAGAUUGUUUCGCUAAGCGACGGCACUAACCAGGGCCCACACCAAACCGGAGAACUGUAUAUUCGCGGGCCACAGAUCAUGAAGGGCUACCUAAAGAACCAAGCGGCUACCAAGGAAACGCUCGUCGAGGAUGGCUAUCUGCGCACCGGCGAUGUCGCCUACUAUGAUAAGGAUGGUUUCUUCUUCAUAGUCGACCGUACCAAGGAGUUGAUCAAAGUCAAGGGAAAUCAGGUAUCGCCCACGGAACUGGAAAAUAUCGUGCUCGAGCUGCCCGAGGUAGCCGAUGUGGCGGUAGCCGGCGUGCCAGAUGAGGCCGCGGGCGAACUGCCCCGAGCGUUCGUCGUGCUGAAACCCGGCACCACACUGCAGGAGAGCGAGAUCCAAGAGCACGUCAAAGAGCGUGUCGUCAAGUACAAGCAGCUCGCUGGUGGUGUACUGUUUGUGAAAGAAAUACCCCGUAAUGCGGCCGGUAAAGUCAUCCGUCAGCAGCUGCACAUGCUGUCCGCACAGUUCGAUGACUAGCCGUAGUCCUUCUGACCGCGUUGUGCGCGAUGAUAUUUAGCCUUUAAAUAAACGGAACCGUUGUUCUUACCCAGAA